GGUGCCCCGGCCACUUUCGGCCCAGUAAAAGCUGCAAACCACCAAUCGCAGCAGGAUACCGCGACGGACGCAGGAAAAGACGGCGGCGACAGCAAGUGUUCCCGGGCCUCGGCACACUUCUCGGUCAAUCCUGCACUGCCCGCGGGACAUCAUCGCCAGACGCUCUUUUUAAUGUUCGCCCAUACGAUCGCCCGCCGGGCGGCGCCGGCAGCACCAGCAACCGCCUGUCGCGCCUGCCAACAGCGCACGAGGGUCCUCGUCGCCAUGCCGCUCAGAGCCAAGCUGCUGCCUCAGCAGCCACAGCACCAACGAUCAAUGUCAACACAACAAGCGCACGAACUGUUCAAGCCGCGUGACGGCGACGAACCCGAGGAUGUCCUCUUCAACAGCCUCUACGGCCUCCGCUCGAUCGAGCUCAACCGGCCAAAGAAGCUCAACGCCCUGAACGGGUCCAUGAUCCGCAAGAUCGUCCCGCGCCUGCUCGAGUGGUCCAAGUCCGACAUGGCCAACGUGAUCGUCAUGAAGGGCGCCGGGGACAAGGCUUUCUGCGCCGGCGGCGACGUAGCCCAGCUGGCCCAAUGGAACAAGGAGGGCCCCGAGGGCCAGAAGAAGUCCGAGGACUACUUCGCUCAGGAGUACCAGCUGGACCACCUGAUUGCGACCUACAACAAGCCCUAUAUCGCCUUCAUGGACGGCAUCACCAUGGGCGGCGGCGUUGGUCUGAGCAUCCACGCGCCCAUCCGGAUCGCGACCGAGCGCACCGUCUUCGCCAUGCCCGAGACGACCAUCGGCUUCUUCCCCGAUGUCGGCGCCUCCUUCUUCCUCCCCAGGAUGCCCGGCGCCAUCGGGACAUACCUCGCCCUGACCAGCUCUCGUCUCACGGGCGCCAACGCCUUCUACGCCGGCGUCGCCACGCACUACCUGCACUCGACCUCGCUCCCGCAGCUUGAGUCUCGCCUCGCGGAGCUGCGCUUCAACGACACCGACAGCAUGGAGACCCGCCUCACCUCCAUCAACGCCACCAUCGAGGAGUUCGUCACGGGCCUGCCGCACGACGAGCCGAUGCUGCUGGCGGGCAAGCUGCGCACCGCCAUCGACCGGUGCUUCAGCCACGACAGCGUCGACGAGAUCCUGCGUGCGCUCGAGGCCGAGAAAGGCGCCACGCGCAAGUGGGCCGAGGAGACGCUGGCCGCGCUGCACAAGCGGUCGCCGCUCGCCGUGCACGUCGCGCUGCGCCAGAUGCGCAUCGGCAGCAAGUGGAGCAUCCACGACGCCUUCGUGCGCGAGCACGCCAUGGCCGCCAAGUUCAUGGCCACCCACGACUUCACCGAGGGCGUCACCGCCCUGCUGAUCGAGAAGCGCCCGCCGAGCUGGCAGCCCGCGUCGCUGGAGGACAUCGACCCCAAGGAGAGCGCCGCGCUGACCGAGAGCUUCUUCCUCGUGCCCGAGGACAAGCCCAGGCUGCAGCUACUCACGGACGCCAACUACGACGAGUACCCGUACCCGCAGUUCGGCGUGCCGACCGAGGAGCAGGUCGAGAAGAAGGUCAUGCUGGGCACCAUGACCCGCCGCCAGAUUGUCGACGAGUUCGUCCGGGAGCGGAAGCAGAAGCAGGGAGUCAGGGAGAUUGUCGAGGAGAUCCUGGCCCGCAAGACGGUCGGCGGUGCCAACGCCGUCGUCAAGUGGGUGUACUAGCUAGGUCGGACUGGGGGUGUAUGAUAGACCAUGUUGAAAAUAUAGACUUGUAUGAUUGGUGAACAACAUGGCGAUCUUGGAUCCGUCGACGGUCAGCCCCAACGUUGAUUUGCACCCAAAGACGCCUGUACUAUGGCUCUACCUACUCACGUAGUAACGACGACGUUUGAUUAAGGA